AUGUCCAAUAUGAAAGGAAAAGUUUUAUUACAAAAACAACUUGAAGAUUUACAAAAGAAUCCGGUUGAUGGUUUUUCAGCUGGACUGGUAAAUGAUGAUAAUAUUUAUAAAUGGGAAGUUUUAAUUAUGGGACCACCUGACACUAUUUAUGAAGGUGGUUUUUUUAAAGCUAUCCUUGAUUUUCCUAUAGAAUAUCCACAACAAAAAAAUGGAAAUGUUUGUAUUUCAAUUCUUCAUAAACCUGGUGACGAUCAUUUUGGAUAUGAAAGACCAGAAAACGUUGCUGAUCCAAAUUCUGAAUCUCCAGCUAAUAUUGAUGCAGCUAAAGAAUUUGUCAAUAACUAUGAUGAAUUUAAAAAGAAAGUUUCACGAUGUGUAAGAAAAAGCCAAGAAGAAUAA